AUGGUUGAAGAAGACAUAGCCGAAGCCAUGGAAUCGGCCGAUGACGUGGAGAUGGAGGAAGUGAAUGAGGAAGAAACGGAAGAAGGUGAAUCAAACCAGCAAAAUGAAACGCUGGUGUGGACGAAGGACAUCAGGCCGCUCCAGGAGGGUGAGGUAUUGGAACUCUCGCCAGGAUGUUACGACAUGCUACACGCAAUAUCGGUAGACUGGCCCUGCCUUUCAUUCGAUAUAUACGGAGAUGAAUUGGGAGCAUGUCGAGUCGAAUACCCACACGAAUGUUAUGUCAUUGCUGGCACACAACCUGACGAUCAGUCGCUCAAAGAUGCCGCAGUACACCUUAUGAAGUGGUCUAAUCUCUCAAAUAACGAAGGUUUUGAUUUUACGGAUGAUGAGAGUGAUGAUGAAGACGCUUGCAAUCUUACAAGUAGCAGUAUUAAACACCCAGGAAUCGUAAAUCGGAUCAGAUGCUGCCCCCAAUCAAACAGGCUAGUUUCGACAAUGGCAGACUCUGGAAAAGUUUACGUCUGGGAUGUCCAUGAACAACGCACAAAUCUUGAUGAUUGUAUCACAUACCACCGUAUGGAAAAAGUGGAUCCUAUAUUCACAUGUAGUGCACAUGAGACCGAAGGCUAUGCACUUGGAUGGAGCCCCGUUGCCACAGGAACCCUGGCAACAGGCGACUGCUCUGGCGCUGUUGUACUCUGGAGCCCUAUAGAGGCUGACUGGGAAGUGGAACAAUUUUUCAAAGCUGAAGAAUCAAUAGAGGACAUACAGUGGAGCCCCAGGGAUGAUGAUGUAUUUAUAACAGCAUGUUGCGACGGAUAUGUCAGAGUACACGACUUGCGCACACCGCAAAAGGCUGUAAUGUCACUGCUUAUAUGCGAUAGCGAUGUAACAGAUGUCAACAGUAUUGCCUGGAAUCCGAACCAGACUAACUUGGUGGUCGCUGGUGAUGAAGCUGGUAUAGUGACAGUAUUUGACGUGCGCCUUUGCGAAAAACCAAUGGCACAGCUAUUUUGGCAUAAAGAACCGAUUACUAGUGUCGCAUGGCACCCAACCGAUUCUGCGGUAUGCAUCGCAAGCUCCAGAGACGACUCUAUGUCCAUCUGGGAUAUAUCUGUGGAGAAAGACGCCAGCCCUCAUAAAGAAGAGUCAGGUCAACAUAUACCACAUCAACUAUUGUUUUUGCACAUGGGACAAACGGAAAUAACAGAAGUCAUGUUCCACCCGCAGAUACCAGGGGUAAUCAUCUCCACAUCCGCGGACGGCUUCAACGUUUUCAAGUGUGUAAACGUAGACUAA